CAUAUAUAUGCAUACAAAGUGCGUGCGAGGCUAGCCUCACCUAAUAUUUAUACACUCCUAAUUUUUGCUCUUAUUGGCAUUGCUCUCCCCUAAACGGUGUUCGUGUGUGUGUAGGCGGAGCUGACUUCGGUGUUAGGAAAUUCUCGCGCGACAACAAAAAAAGAUUCAGAAUGAGGUAGAGAAAUGCAGAUGAAAAGAAGAAAGCCACGCUGCCAGUCGUCAGAUGAAAAAGUAUCUCUAAAGAAUCGUAUACGGCGGGGGAAACUUGAAAGUUCAAAACAGAGAAACGGCAAAACAGCUGGGCAAAAUGUAGUGUUGGAAACCGAGUCAAAGCAAGCUGUGCUGGAAACCGAGUCAAAGGAAGCAGUGCUGGAAACCGAGUCGAAAGAAACUGCUGGAAAACAUACCUCUCUCUCUUUCAUUUCGUGUGCGACGUUGUAAGUCGUUCUGGCAAAAUAAAAAUCACAUUUUCAAUAAUCUGAACGUAAUGGCGCCCCGCAGAAGUGCACGUAUUUUGGCGGCCAACCAGGCGUCCCCUGCCGCCCCGCCCUUGACCCGACGCGCUGCGUUCCUCCGCGCAGUGGAGGCCAUAUCCGUUCACGGGCGCCGCAGGACCACCACCACUGCUAGCCGGCGCCGCAGGACCACCACCGCUGCCAGCCGGCGCCGUGCAAUCCAGAUCGCUCCCAACCAGCCGCCCGCUGAGGACCCUCCCGUUGUCAACCGCCGCGAGACUAACCGCGCCCGCGUCAACGGUUAUUUGGAUGGUGGCUGGCACCUCAUAACCCGUGAGAACUUCGAACUUCGUGCCGAUCUUGAAAUGCCGCAUGCUAUGACCGCUGGCCGUGGAGCUGCGGCGCCAGAAAAUGUAAUGGGCACUGAAUUAGGCGUACGCCGCCUCCACAGGGAGAUGGCGAAAAUGACGAGCGAUCCGACGGACGGGUGCACGGUGGAGUUAGUGGACGACUGUAUCUACGUCUGGAAGGCCGUUAUUCUCGGGCCCUUGGGCACGCCCUACGAGGGCGGCCACUUUGAACUACGCCUUCACUUUCCGCAGACGUACCCGGCUCGACCACCGGCUAUACUGUUCCGUACAAGGGUGUACCACUGCAAUAUUUACCGCCAAGAUAUCUGCGUGGAUAUUCUUCACUCGGCUUGGUCGCCCGCCCUGACCGUGGAGAAGAUACUUUUGUCCAUCCGGUCGCUGCUGUCGGACCCCAACCCCGAGAGCCCCUUGAACGGCGCCGCUGCCCAGCUGUACAAGACGAACCGCGAGCAGCACGACCGCAGGGCACAGGAGUGGACCGCCCGCUACGCCCAGCCAGUGGACUCAACGUCUGAAUAAUCCCAAACAUCUCAUCCACGGAUACACAGCGUUUUCCAAAUUCUUUGAGCAUCUUUGUUGGUAUCUGUCACUAAACACACAUGAACAUGAGCUACAUGGUAACAUAUACAUACAAUCAUUUUUUGACUGAAAUAAAGAC